CACCAACCACAACCCCCACAACCAGGCCAGUCAGCCACCAGAGAGCAUAAAUGUCAAGGUGACAUAUCGCUCCCGGUCGAGCCACCACAGCCAGGUCCAAGCCGCAGACAGCCUAAGCCAAGGUCCACCGCAGCAGACGCAGAGCCACUAAGUCAGAGCGACCGUCAGCUCUCUUGCCGCAGCCAAAGCCGAAGCAACAGCGAGCCCAGAGACCUAGGCCGCCAUAUGGCCCUGGUACCAAAUCCAAACCAGACCACCAACACCGACACCACGCUAGAGCAGCAGCCCAGAGAGAACAAGGUCAGAGAGGCCACCGUUCCCGAGCCGCUGUCCCAGCCGACCCAGAGCCCAUGCCAAAGCAGCGAGCCGACAACAGAGAGCCUUCAAAUCAGGGCGAUUUACGCUCCAGUCGCCGUGCCAGCUGCCCAAGUUCAGCCAAAACAUCACCAGUCCCAGAGCAACCACGAUGCCGCAGACCCGGAGUCGGCCGCCCAGUUCCCGUCUCCCGAGCCAGACGCCAGCAGCAGUCCCAGCGGCCGAGCAGCCACGUCAACCGUGGACUCGAGUGCGGGAAGUGUCGCGAGUGUGAAUUCGAACGAACCAAGUGACAAAUACCCUAGCGGUAUUCGCGGGUGAAAGUGACAAACAUUUCCCAGAGACAGAAAACAGACUGCAUAUUUUACCCCAUUACAACAUUUAUUUUUAUAUAGUAGCAUUUUGUAAACAUUCAUUUUCCGCACUGCGUGCACAUUUAUUUGUCAUUUUUCAUGUAAGCAUAACAUUUCUUAGUCUCCAAUAAAACCAGGCCCAACAAUCAGUAAAGUCGAUUCGCACAAAGGAGGGAGGUGUCACCGAACCAAGGAUUUUACAUUAAUUCUAAUGUAAAACGAGCACAAAUCGCUCCGUGCAGGGGGCCCUACAGAACGUCGCAGGCAGCGGCGAACGGCGUUCAGUCCCCCGUCCGACCAAAAUUAAUUAGACCACCUCGCGGUCGUCAUACAGCAGUAGUAGCAAUUAUAGCACU